AUGUCAAAUAAAACUGAAUAAACAGCCAAUUCAAUUCGUGGUUAAAAUCCAUAAUCUUUAAUCGAAGCUGUAAUUCGUUAAAAAAUAUACUAAAAUCGUUAUUGGAAGGAAUCUCUUACUGGAUUAACUGCUGAAUCAAUAAUAGAUGAGGCAAUUAAAUUACAAUAUAUAGCUGGAACAUAUGGUGGGAGUAGAAAGCCUAGUAAAUUUUUAAUGCUUUCUUUGAAAUUAUUAUAAAUAUCUCCAAGUAAGGAAAUAGUAAUUGAGUAUAUUAGAUAAGAAGAGUAUAAAUAUUUAACAGCUUUAGGUUGUUUUCAUUUAAGAUUGGUUGGUUAGCCCGAACAUGUUUAUAAUUAUUUAGAACCUUUAUAUUAAGAUUAUAGAAAAUUGAGGUUUAGGAAUUUGAAUGGGAGCUUUUGUAUUUUUUACAUGGAUGAGUUUGUCGAAAGUUUAAUUAAUUAGGAAGUUUAUAUAGAUACUUUAUUACCUCAUAUUAUCAAAAGACAUAUUUUAGAAGAAACCGGAAAAAUAUAGCCUAGAGUAAGUCCUUUAGAAGAACUUUUGGAAAAAGAAGUUGGUGAAGAAUAAGAAAAUAUGAAUAUUUAAGAAGAUUAAGAUGUGAAAAAAGAAAAAAAAGAAAAGAAAAAAAGUAAAGAUUGGAGGAAAAUUAUACACGGGAAAAAACAUAAUAAGAGAAAUAAUAAUAAUAGUAGAUCUAGAUCUAAAUCUUAAGAAAAUAAAAAUAAAAAAGAACCGGCUAAAGAUUCUAUUGAAUAUUGGAAUUAAAUUAGGGCUGACUUAAAUUUAGAUUUAAUGUGA